AUGCUAUAAAUUAAUAUAGAGGUGCAAACUGUUUAUUUUUAUAUAGAUUCACCCAUCACCUAUUGCCACAUGCAACUAAACGAUUCUGUUACUGCAGUCAUGCUCAAUAGUUAACUUAAAUGCAAAUGCUAUGAACAAUAAGACAUUUAUGAGAAGGCUGAAAUCAGAACCCAGUAUGAUCCAAAAAAUAAAAAAAAAGUAUGUCUCCCCUCAUUAUCCAAGCUCAAAUUGAUCUUUUUUGAAAAUUAGAGCAAAUUCGGAGAGGCAGUCUUCGAUUUGGACUUUUAUGUUGAGAACAAAUUCUAAUAAUUAUCUGAUAAACUAUCCAUUCAGAGUGAGCAAAAUGAGGAAGCACAAUUAACAUUCAUGUUCGAAUGGCAAUUCAUCGAAAAGCCUUCUGAAAUCAACCCUAAAAUACUUAAUCCCUAUCUUUCAGCCAAUAGUCCUCCCAAUACACAACGAAAUGGAGGGUAGAGUCCAAAACGAUUGGUUUAAUCCAAAAGAAUUGGAGAAGAAAAUGAGAAGAGAACUACUCAUGUAACGUAUUCCUAGUGGAAGGACCAUAAAGAAUACUUAAAAAACCAAUAGGAACGAAAACUAAAAGAACCAAAGCAGCCACAAAAGGUGAUAAUGGUUGACGAUUACAAUUAUAAUUGGACUGAUAACUUAAGAAAACCAGAUGCAUAAGUAAGAGUUGCUUCACCUCCAAAAAGAUUUGGCACUCCUACAAAGGUAAACAAGAAGUUUCAAAGCCCUGUGAAUAACCUAAAUCAGUAAAGAUAGUAGGAGUAUGAAUUAAGAAUGAUUAAUGAAAAAUUAAGUAAAGUAGACAAGUAAUUGCAAUAAAUGAAUAAUGAAAAUAAAGAAGAAGAGAAAAAAAAAUAUUCAUCCAAAUUAAAUUAAAAAUUAAAAUCGCGUUAAUUAGAUGAUUUUAAAAAUGGCUAUAAUGAAGAUCAAACUAUUAGUCAAUCCGAAAAGGGAACCAAAUAAAAAUCCCUCAAUUUUCAAUACUUUGUGGAUCAAAAAGACUCGAGGGAUUAUUAAUUCAUGUACAAUAGUCAAAUCUAAGCACCAACUCAAUAGUAUUAAGCCUCUGAUUAAUUGACUAAAUCUCUACAUGAUCCAAAACAAGGAUUAAAAUCAAAUUCUAUCAAUCUGGAUGUCCCCAAGAGUGCUCCAAAACCAAAAGAAUUACAAUAAUAAUUAUCCUCAAGAAGUAAAACUUAACAAUAAGAGGAUUUAUAAAAUAGUACUUAAUUUAAUAAAUCUGAUAAGUAUGAUGAGUUGAUGAAAAAAUAUUUGGAUUUAAAGGAUAAGUAUGAAAAUUCCUGUAAUGAGUUUUCUCUAUUAUCCUAAACUUAUUCUUCAUUAAAUGAUCAAUAUACGUAAGUGGUUUAACAGAAUAAGUAGUAAUAAUAAUAAAUUGUAUAUUUGUAAUAAUAGCAAUUAAUUAAUGGGAAUAGUGAUUAAAUCUCUCAAUCCACCUUUAAUGAAGAAAUAAUCAAAAAAGAACUUGAAUUUCUAUAAAGAGACAACAACAUGCUUAAAUCUCAUUUAGAGCAGAGUCAAUACAACGUGACUUAAUUGCAAAAAGAGAAAGAAAAGAAUUAAAACGAAAUCUAUAAUUUAAAGAAUAAUUUAAUGAUGAUCAAUUCAGAAAUAGAAAAACUCCAAGAAGAAGCAUAAUAAAUGAAAAUAGAAAUGAAAUAAAAUAAUUAAGUUGAACAACCAUAAAGCAGUUAUGCUAAAAUAAAUUAGAAAUCAGAAGCUCUCCCCAUUAAUUAAUUGAAAACAUCAUAAGAAAACUCAGAUAAUCAGUUGAAAGUAGAAUUAGAAUAACUGAAAAUGGAAUAUUCAUAAAUAGAAAAAGAAAAUUAAAAUUAUAAAAAAUAAGUUGGCAAUUUAAAUUAAAUGAUGCAAUCUUUGGAAGAUGAAAUCACUUAAUUGAAGGAACAACUUGAAGAAAAAAAAUAAGAUGUCAUCAGAAUGUAAGCUUUGAGUAAUAAGGAUAAUAUAGGAGACAUUAUUGAUGGUUAUAAACAGGUAAUUAAAAAGAAAGAAUAAGAAAUUUUGGAUUUGGAAGAAAGCAUAAAAUAAAUGAAAAAAUAAAUGUAAGUUUUAGAAAAUGAGUCGCCAUCUGAAUUAGAUUAGAAGUAAGAGAUAGAAUAAAAAUAUAAUUAAAAAUUGAAAGAUCUUUAAGAUGAAAUGGAGAAACUUUAGAAUGACAAUUAAUAUUUAAGACAAAUCCUAUCUUCAACUUAAAAUUAAUAGCAAUCAGCAUCUUAAUAAUAAAAUAAGAAUUAAAUGAAUUAAUAGGAAAAUAAUUUCAAGGGAUCAAGUUUUAGAGGGGAUGAUGGGGAUAAUGAAUGUGAAGCCUUAAAAUAAGAAAAUGCCUUAUUAAAAAUUGAGUAAAAUAAAGAUAAAAUAAGAAUAGAAACUUUGACAAAGGAAAAGGAGUUUUAGAAAAACAUAGCUGAAUUUACUGAUUAAGAACUGAUGAAGGCUCAAGAACAGAUCAUGUCUUAAAAACAAAGGAUAGCAGAUAUUUUAAAUUUGAUAAUGAUUAAAGGUGAUGCAAAACAGAUGGAUGAUGUAGAAAAGUUACUCUAGAAUAAAGAUUUUUUGUCUCUUUGA